CACAUAUAUUAGUGAGAGUAGAGAGUGUCACGCGUGUAAUUCAGCCUCUGUAACACUCAUGUCUGUGAUAGUUCAUACUACUUCAAGACUUUAUGUGACAAGCUGCUGACACAAGUUCCUCAUCUACAUCUCUGGGGGGCAAGUUGUUUACAUAGAGACGCACCCGCCGGCUGGCAAGUGGAAUAUUUAACCAGACCCCUCCGCUCUCCACCGGCCGUAGUCAGGCAAGUCCAAAAGGACAAGGUUAUCACUGAGUUUCGUCGUGUCCAGCCGUACACUGAGCGAGGUGUGUCCGACCACACAGACGGCCCGCCAGUCAGACGACUAUAUCACCGAGGUCGGGGUCACUCAGGUGACAGGCCAGUUGACUGUGUGACGUGCGGUCGUGAGGUGGCCAGCUUCCUACACAGUCUCCGUGUUGGUGUUACAGGUAGGUGUGGGUAUUGUGUAGUGUAACGUCUUUUGACAGGUGAACAGCUAACGGUGCGAUAAAUAACAAGCAGAGAAUGUCACGACAUCAUCUACCCGCGACGGCACAGCACCACCCUGCCUGCAGUGGAGAGAUGUGUUGGUGUUGUACUUUUGGCGCAAUGUUAGUGACGACUCAGGUGUGGUAAAGGGACUUAAAGAAGCGGGUAUCCCUGUGCGGGUGAUGGAGGACGAUGACACUGAGGACGUGGCCACGGCCCGUAGUGACGUAGUGUGGGUGGCUCAUGGAGAUCGUGUUUACGGUCUCGAGAGAAAAGUCGUCGUCUGUCUGGAUGAUGUUUAUGUCGAUGUCAAUGUCCGUCUUCACUGCAUGUCCCGGUGUACGUCACAACUUGUGAUGGUCUCACCUGACGACAAACUGCUCAGCAUCUGACGUCAUCGCCUCAUGACGUCAUUCACAUGACGUAAUUAUAUUUUCUCACAACACGAGGUGCAGUCCGUGUCUUUGUUUACACAACAACUAGAGCCAUCAUCAAGAUCAUACGCUUUGGGACUUGUUUACACGGAUUUCACCCUGCGUCUUGUUUACACAACUUCAGGGCCAGGGUUAAUUUAGAGGCUGCAGUUGAUGAUGUCACACUCUAUAACAGUCUGAGAUAAAAUGUCUUCAUGUGUCUUGUCAAGUUUAGUGUCAUCUAGAUGAAACAGUGGCAAGUGUGUGUGCAAAUGUGGGUGCAUGGUUGCUGAUGAUUUACUCUGUGUGAUUUAUGUCAAUUGUUCUAAAAGUGUGGUCCGCGGACCACUAUAGUCACCCCUAUGCCGCUUAAACUGGUGCAAGUAGGGGUUCCUGCAUGUAGUUAUUGGACGCCAAGAGAAUUUCUUUUAUAAUUUUCUCUAUCUAUACAACUAUAAAUUCUCUGUACGAGAUCCGGAGCAGCCUCCUGGGGCGCUUGUGCUCGAAAAUAGAAACGGUAAACUGGAUCGUGGUACCACGACACAGAAGUUGUUAUGGAUGACAUGCACUGCACCAUGAACAUUGAAAAAAAAAGACCACCCAAACUCUAACCUAAACCCCUAACACAACACAACUUUUGAUCUAUUUGUAUUCAGUAUGACUACUGAGAGCACUUAUUUUCUUUUCAAUAAUAAUAGUACUAGCAAAGAUUUGCUCAAUGCGCGAAAAGGCAUCUCGGUCACAACCUUUGGCGGAAGUUGACAUAGUUAUCGUUCUUUGUGUCAAGGUGAAGGUCUGUGAAACCGGAAGUCUCAUUUGCAGAUCGACUUUGCCGUGUGGCUGCAGGUAAACAAGUCGAAAUGUCAGCGAAGUAUUCUCAUUCUGUGCAGGAAAAUCCAACUUAUCAAAGUCAAAACGUGAAUAACAUACGGAAUCUGUUUCGAGUUUUCGCAGCUGAAUCAGUCAUGGUGGAAACCUUGUACUCAGAUGUAUUUCAAGAAGUGAGCACUUUAAAAAAAUUACAUAAGCCAGCCUGGCUCAAAAAAAAUCUUCAUCAUGUUGACACAAAACUGAAAGAUAUUUAUUUACAGAAUGGUUCACCUGAAAUGAAAAAUGUACAACCGAUUACAGACUUGUAUGUUUCUCCUUUAAAAGAAAAUAUGGUGAAUACAGACAUCUCAACAAACUUACCAGGUGCUUAUACAAGUGGAUGCUCAAUGGCAAAGUGUUCAGGCAAUAGGAAAAGAAGUAGAGGCAUCAGAAAGACUAGACAACAACUAUACAGUUCUGUAAGUGAACCUGUCUUGCAGAUAAAUACUGAGAUAGAAAAACAUUCAUUUGGUGCAUGUGUUCUGAAAACGUUGUCUGCUGACUUAGCAGCCAAAUUCUUUACUUUUGAUGCAUUUUAUUCAAGGGUCUGUCAUGAGUCACAGCAGAGACUUAAGUUGCGAAAGCCUAAAUCAUUGCACGCAAAGGUGCAGUUGCCACAUGACCUUGGUAUAUCCCAUCUAAAGUGCAUGAGAGAUCACCCUGAGAGGGAAACUUCAUUGCCACAUUGUCAUCAUCCAAGAAAUCUUAAUGAAGAUAUUCAACAAGAACUCAAAAGAAGGACUUUACAUGAACAAAGUGUAAUUCUUCCUAGUAAUACAGAAGUGCAGUGUUCAGCAAGUAGUCAUAAAAACAAGGCGACGUUCUGCUGUAAAGGAAGUUGUACAUGUAAAGAUGGAUUGCAUUCAGAAAAAAGAAAGGAGCCAAGAAGAUGGCAAGGAAAUAAGCAAAACACUUGUACCAUAAAAACCAAGGGGCAAAACACCACUAGUAUGGUAAAUUUUAUAAGAACUUCAGAAGCAGAUUCAGUUUCAAAGUUGGAAGAACCAGUGCAGUUGCCAACUGAAAAGUCAUGUGACUUGGUUGAUGAACGCUCCAAUGAUUCCUUCAUCUCAUGCAUUCAACUGUCACCAAAAGUUACCCUGUCAGAAGCACCUACCACAAAACGACGUGUCAGGAAAGAUAACCAGAGAACUUUAACUUGCGGAAAGAGGAGAAAAUCACAGCGUGGAUUAAACAAAUGUGCAGACAUCAGUCAACCACUACAGAGUGGCAGAGACAGAAGCAAACUGCAAGUGAAGGACAUACAACAUGGAAGAAAAUCACAUAUUUUCCGUUCAGUCUAUCUAAAGAGGAAACCUGCAAAAACUAUUGCUAGCACGAAGUCCUCAAGAGGGAAAGCAAAAUCAUUAAAAACUAAUAAAUCCAUACAGCAUACAGCUAAAAUGUCCAAAACAGAAUAUAAGGCAAAGCUGUUAAAAGGUAAUAGAAACUGCCACAUUAGUAGUAGUCAUCUCAAUAUUAUGACAAAGGGCCUGGUACAAACUAAAGCAAGAAAAAGAAGACUAGAAGAGAGUUUAGCAGUUGACAAGUCCAAGAGAAGGCAAGUUGUACUUUCAACAAAAGAGGACAACAUUUUGCAUUAUCACCAAAGUCUCUGCACACCAACUUCAACAAACUCGCUAUUUUUCAGUCUGACUGCAUCCCAAGACAUAUUUGCCCAACUUUGCCAACUUGAAGAAAAGUCGAAACAGUAUGAUAGCAGUAUAAUGCACAGUUUAAUGCCAGAGACUACUGGAAACAUCUACAGAAGAGGACCUUCUAGGCUGAAAGAACCAGAACUUCAAGGGGGUUCUCACAUUGGGGGAGUGUGGAAAAGCAUCUUCUCAGAAAACUGAAGUAGUAACCCACCCAUGCUCCAAGUGUAGGUAACUGGGUUGCCAAGCUAGUUAUCUUGACACUUGCCUUGUGUGGUCUCCAGUGUUACUGUCAAUGGUGUCGCAUAAGAUUUUAUGUACUAAGAAUCAAGUUAUGUUUAGCCAAAGAGCACAAUGACAUUUUAUAUGAGAAUAUGACUGUAUGGUUGUUGGUGAGUUAGUUUACUUCUGUAAAUCAUUUCUGUAUAGUGCUUUGAGAAAAUCGUUAAAAAAGUGCUUUACAAAUGUUCAUCAUCAGCAUAGGCGUUUCCAUAGCUUGAGCCCUCAAACCACACCUGAGUAUUAUGCUAUUGUAGCUUGGCCAACUACUAACAUGAAUUUGAUUGUCAGAAAAUGCCAAGACAAGUAUUUUAAGUCAUAAAAUAACAAGACAAAUUAAAUUUCAUAUGAACUUCAUUGCAAUAAAACGCACAAACAUAAACACAGUGAUUCACAAAGGCUUCGUGGUUCUGUUUCUGUACAUUUGCGCAAACUACAGAAACAGAAAGUUAAUACCCCGGUUCCCCCCACCCACCCAUUUGACAAGUUCACAUAAGUUAAUCAGAGAGGAAAAAUCUGUGAGGCUAAAAAAAAUAAAUUUUUAAAGUAUUUUUUAAAACACCCAAACCUCUCUUGCUACAUGGCAAUCAAAAUUAAUCUGCAGGCUGGUGGUCGGUGUUUUCUUAAUUGCAUGCAAGGGAUGGACAGGAAUGUUGAGUCCCCCUGUAAAACUUUGUUUUGGGAAACAAAAAUGAACAGAAUGACAUGAACAUUUACACAUAGUGAUGGCAUUUGUUGCACAAUGCAUACAGGUUUAAGGUGGGUGGGAUGUAAAAAAAAAAAAAAAA